UAGCUGUGGCGGUGGUGGUGGAAGAGGGCUUGGCUGCAGCGCACGUGCCUGAAUCUGACGCUCCUCGGCUUACCGCGGAGUUCCUUGAUCCUAGGAUCGUUCUGUCCUGCCCCAAGAUUUGCUUCAUCCUCGGUCCCAUAACCUCUCUCACAGCUCCUCUCGCUCUCGACUUGCAGAACGUAAUGGUCACAGCCAUGAAUGUCUCCGACGAAACAAAGCAGCUGUUACAGCCCUACAACUUUGAGCUGUUCCAGGACAUGAGGCCCUUUUUGGAGGAGUACUGGGCAACCUCAUUCCUCAUAGCUCUGAUCUACCUGCUGCUCACCUUUGUGGGGCAGAACUACAUGAAGGCACGGAACGGCUUCAACUUGCAGGGGCCUCUCAUCUUUUGGUCCUUGUGCCUUGCAAUCUUCAGUAUCCUGGGGGCAGUGAGGACGUGGAGCCAUAUGGGGAUCCUGCUACUUAGGGGGAACCUAAAGCAAACUGUGUGCUUCUCCAUCUUUGCCAGCGAUCCCAUAAUCAAAUUCUGGUCCUGCCUCUUUCUUCUCAGCAAGAUUGUUGAACUUGGAGACACGGCCUUCAUCAUCCUGCGUAAGCGGCCACUCGUCUUUGUGCACUGGUACCACCACAGCACAGUGCUAGUGUACACAAGCUUUGGAUACAAGAACAAAGUGUCUGCAGGUGGCUGGUUCAUGACUAUGAACUAUGGUGUGCAUGCCAUCAUGUACACCUACUACACUCUGAAGGCUGCCAAAGUAACACCCCCCAGAUGGCUUCCCAUGCUCAUCACCAGCCUGCAGAUCCUGCAGAUGUUUAUGGGAGCCACUAUUAGCAUCCUGAAUUACAUCUGGAGACAGGAUCAGGGAUGCCACACCACAUCGGAACAUCUCUUCUGGUCCUGCAUCUUGUAUAUGACCUAUUUCAUCCUCUUUGCCCGCUUCUUCCAUCAAACCUACAUAAUGCCGAAGGUCAAAGCCAAGACCAAGAGCCAGUGAAGAAUUGGAGAAAAAGAAGGCUCCCCACCUCUCUCCUCCCCAGGGCACUAAGGGGCUGAGCUUAGGUUUGGGAGGAGGAUUAGGAUGCCUUCCCUGCAUGGUUUCUCCACAGGAUGUAUGCCCCAAGGUGGUAGAAAGUUAUGACAGACAAGAAGCAUAACCCCUGGGAUGGGGGCGUGAUCUA